CUCCAGUACCACCACCCGCCUCCGCCCCCGACCAUGGCAGCCUCCACGCCGCCGUCCUAAUUAGCAGCCACCCGCGCGACCUACCCAGCCGCCCCCGCGCUGCCCCGGGAUCGCGCGGAUCAGAUGCUAUCCCUGGGCGCCCUCCGCAAGCUCUGCGCCGCCUUCGACGCCGUCGCGCUCACCAUCAUCGCCGCCGGCCUCUCCCACCCCCGCUGCCGCCCCUUCUCCGCGCGCGCGGGCGCGCACCCCCCUCCGACAGACUUCCCCACCAUCGCCUCUUGCCGAGCCGCGGUCACCGCCUCCAGGAGCCGCCGCCAGCCCUCUUCGGCCCCCGCCGAGGCGCAGCCGGAAAGGCCCGCCGCGGGCGCCGAGGCGUCGGUGCUGGUCAGGAUCAAGAGCGAGCGGGACCCGGUGCGGCUGUACCAGCUGUUCAAGGCCAAUGCGGACAACCGCGUCCUGGUGGAGAACCGGUUCGCCUUCGAGGACGCGGUGGCGCGACUGGCAGGUGCUCGACGGAAUGACCUCGUGGAGGAGAUCCUCGAGCAGCACAAGGCGCUGCCCCAGGGAAGGCGGGAGGGGUUCGUCAUCAGGAUCAUUGGCCUGUACGGAAGGGCCCGGAUGCCCGAGCACGCGCUCCGGACGUUCAGGGAGAUGGAGAUGUACGGCUGCGAGCGCACUGUCAAGUCGCUCAAUGCCACCAUGAAGGUGCUGAUGCAAGCACGGCUCUUUGAUGAUGUCUUGCGGCUGUUGGACGAGGCAUCGCCUAGAUACGGGGUUGAGCUCGAUGACAUUUCGUAUAACACAGUGGUGAAGAUGGCGUGUGACAUGGGGGAGCUCCAUGCGGCGUACCGGGUAAUGCAGGAGAUGGAGAAGGAAGGAGUGCGGCCAGAUGUCAUCACGUACACGACAUUAAUGGCUGUGUUCUAUAAGAAUGGCCACCGUGAGGUUGGGGAUGGCCUGUGGAACCUCAUGAGGUUGAGGGGUUGCAUGCCCACACUAACCAGUUACAAUGUAAGGAUUCAGUUCCUCAUCAACAGGAGAAGGGGCUGGCUGGCAAAUGAUCUGGUGCGGAAAAUGUAUGCAGCGGGGAUCACACCAGAUGAGAUCACAUAUAACUUGGUUAUUAAGGGAUUUUUUGUGAUGGGUGAGCAUGAGAUGGCCAAGACGGUCUUUGGUGCUAUGCAUGGGAGGGGAUGCAAGCCAAAUGAAAGGAUUUACCAGACAAUGGUGCAUUACCUAUGUAAGCGAAGGGAGUUUAAUUUGGCAUUCAGAUUGUGUAAAGACAGCAUGGAGAAGAACUGGUUUCCGAGUGUCGAUACCAUUCACCAUCUGCUGAAAGGCCUUAUGGUAAUUAAAAAGGACAGGAACGCCCGAGAGAUAAUGAGGUUGGUUGCCGAGAGAAAACCCUCCUAUUCAGUUGAUGAUGUGAAGGCCUUCCAAGACAUAUUGUCUCAUGGGAAGACUGGAAGAUAAGACGAAAAGUUUUGCUGUAAAUGCACCACAUGUAACUGAAAGGGAUACAUCCAGGGGUGAAGAUAGGCCAGAUGACCACUGGUGUGUGGUGUCAUGUUCAUUGCAAUGCAGUCAUCUAGUGCCAUAAAUGAAUAGCACUGGCGCUUUUGCCAUGCUUGGUUGAAAGGAGAAGGCAACGAAGAGAAUAAUGAAAGUGCAGAACAAUAGACGUUGAGGAGAAUGGGAUUGCAUGGUCAUUCAAGCAGUAUUUGUUACCAGAACCAUUGUAGACUUUUUCCAAAGCUCUAUCAACGUUGUUGCUUGGAGCAUUUGGAGGAAAAUAAGCAUAUUGAUCAUCCGUGCAGCGAAGUGAGCUUUCUUCUGCCCAGGUUAGCAACAGAUGGAGCAAUUUGCAGCUUCGUGCAAAGCAGCAGCAUAGCCAACCAGAAGAGAUUUAUGCCAACAGCCCGGUAGCAUACAUAUAUACUGCUACUGGGAGACACAUACAUUGGUACGGAGGGAGUAUUUACUUAGUUAACUUAGUAUAUCAUGUUCAUGCCACUACUACCACAAAUUCACAACAUUCAUUGUCCGAUUCUUCAUGUAGAAAAUCUAUCAUUGGCAUUAUGUUGUAUUCUCGCUGUUUCUACUAAAUCAACUGCAUGACACAUGUGGAACAAUAUAUAACAUGUGUUAGCACUGUAUUCUAUAUA